UAUCUAUUAUCUUCUCUUCCAUGUUGAAUUUUUGAACUAUAAAAACCAUUUGAAAAUGCAUUCAUCAUCUGUUUUAUCUCUUUCAAAUUGCUCAGUACUAAAGAGAUCACACAGAAAUCAAAUCGAGAAAUUGUCUUUUACGCCAUUGAAGAAUCUUCGGUUCUGUGGACUGAGAAAUGAGAUUUUAGCGUUUGAGUUUUUGAAGCUUAAUCGAUGUGAGACUCAGAGAGUGAGGAAUUUUCUAAGGAAUAAGAUAGUAGCAGCUUCGGUAGCUGAAAAUGGUAAUGCUCCGACGUCGUUUGAUUAUGAUUUAGUUAUAAUUGGUGCUGGUGUUGGUGGUCAUGGUGCUGCAUUACAUGCUGUGGAGAAGGGUCUUAAAACAGCUAUCAUUGAAGGAGAUGUAAUCGGCGGAACUUGUGUAAACAGAGGUUGUGUUCCAUCUAAAGCACUUCUUGCAGUUAGCGGUAGGAUGCGGGAACUUAAGAAUAAGCAUCACUUGAAAGCUUUGGGUAUACAGGUUUCUGGUGCCGGCUAUGACAGGCAAGCAGUUGCUGAUCAUGCUAAUAAUCUUGCCUCGAAAAUUCGUAAUAACUUGACAAACUCUCUAAAGGCACUUGGUGUGGACAUUUUGACAGGGGUGGGUACUAUAACGGGUCCUCAAAGGGUGAAGUAUGGAAAAGUUGGUUUUUCUGGCAGUGAAGUUACCGCAAGGGAUAUAAUCAUCGCUACUGGUUCUGUCCCUUUUGUUCCUAGAGGCAUUGAAGUUGAUGGGAAGACUGUGAUUACCAGCGACCAUGCUCUCAAACUGGAGUUUGUACCUGAAUGGAUAGCUAUAGUAGGAAGUGGUUAUAUUGGACUUGAAUUUAGUGAUGUGUAUACCGCACUUGGUAGUGAGGUUACUUUUAUUGAAGCUCUAGAUCAACUUAUGCCUGGAUUUGAUCCAGAGAUUAGUAAGUUAGCUCAAAGGAUUCUGGUAAAUCCAAGGAAAAUUGAUUAUCACACUGGAGUGUUUGCAACGAAGAUCACCCCGGCAAAGGAUGGGAGACCAGUUGUUAUUGAGCUAACUGAUGCCAAGACUAAAGAAGUAAAGGACACUUUGGAGGUUGAUGCAGCUCUAAUUGCAACUGGCAGAGCGCCCUUCACGAAUGGUCUAGGCCUGGAGAAUAUUAACGUGUUGACGCAACGAGGUUUUAUUCCUGUUGAUGAGCGUAUGCGAGUCGUUGAUGCUGAUGGAAAUUUGGUACCUCACCUUUAUUGCAUUGGUGAUGCAAAUGGUAAAAUGAUGCUUGCUCAUGCAGCCAGUGCUCAGGGAAUAUCUGUUGUUGAACAAGUCUCGGGAAGAGACCACGUGCUUAACCAUUUGAGCAUUCCAGCUGCUUGUUUUACUCAUCCUGAAAUCAGCAUGGUUGGGUUGACAGAGCCGCAAGCUCGAGAGAAAGCUGAAAAAGAGGGAUUUGAGAUAAGCAUUGCAAAAACAAGCUUUAAGGCAAACACGAAGGCAAUGGCAGAAAAUGAAGGGGAAGGACUUGCAAAGUUGAUAUACAGACCAGACAAUGGGGAAAUUCUUGGAGUUCAUAUCUUUGGUAUGCAUGCUGCUGACCUCAUUCAUGAAGCGUCCAACGCCAUAGCAUUGGGAACGUCCAUUCAGGAUAUAAAGUUUGCAGUGCACGCACAUCCAACAUUGUCUGAAGUCCUUGAUGAACUGUUCAAAUCUUCUAAGCUAAAGGAAUUGGAAAAAAUUCAACCAGGUAACUAGUCACAACCAUCACCCACUUAGUGAAUCAGUUGUUGUCUGAAAUUCUGAAGCCUAAUGUGUUUGAGGGAACUACUGCACCACCGGUCUCGCUAGAGGAUCAUCUCAACAAAGCACUGAGAUGUAACAAGGAUAGAUUUGGUUGACUUGUUGCAUAUCAAUUAAGUUGCAAAUCAGGUUUUCAUGAGAAAUUGAUACACUGAUUCCAGGGUAUUUUACUGAGGCCUUGGAGUGUCGGUGUGAAGUGAAAAUCGACAUUCUUAAGUAGUGCUCCUGGAAGCCUUUUCAAAUGUUGUAAGAAGAUGAAUGUUUUGUUGUAAUUGCAGAACAGAGGAGGCUCAUAGGCUCUGCCUCUAUUUUGUUUAUGCUUUGUAUUGAUAGUUCGUGUGUAAUUUGCUAGUGCAGAGUCCAAUGAAACGU